CCACUGUUGCCAUGUUCUCAUUAUGUGAGUAGCCAGUCCUGCAGGAUGAGGCUGCUUAUUCCACUGUUUUUAUGGAUACCACUGGUAUUCAAUUACCAGGUUUCUUCCCAAAGCCGUGGAAAUCAAACUCUUCACUCAACACCAAAGUUUAUCAUGUUAGCUCCAGCAAGACUGAGGCUUGGAACCAAACUGAAUAUCUUACUAGAGGCACACAGUCUGUCCGAGCCAAUCACAGUCAAAGUCAUUGUCUAUACAUUCGAGAAGGAAUCCGUCCUGAUGCGGGACUCUGCCAUCCUCAAUUCAGACAACCGCUAUAGUGAUCUCAAAACCAUAGAGAUCAAUCCAAACCUGUUGAAGAAAAAAUCGAAAAACUCUGUGAGACUGGUUGUGGAAUUUGGGAGUUUCCACACAGCUGAGAAAAUUAUCACGGUGUCGUUCCGGUCUGGAUACAUCUUCAUUCAGACUGAUAAACCAGUUUACAACCCUGGAGACACAGUUCAUUACAGGGCUUUUGUAUCCAAUCAUGAAUUCCAAGCUUUCAACAGGAACAUAUCUCUUGAGAUUAAGAACCCAGAUGGUAUUGUGGUGCACAUCAGCUCCAACGCCAGUGCAAGCAACGGGAUUCUCUCUGAAAGCUACCCUCUCCCUACUGUGCACAAAGAGGGAAAAUGGAAAGUUGUUGCAAAGUUUGAUGGUGUUGAAGAAAACACAUUCAGUGCAGGGUUUCAUGUAAAGAAAUAUGAUCCCCCAGCAUUCAGCGUCACAUUAACGCCAAAGAAACCCUACUUCAGCCUACACGAAGAAAAGUUGGAAGUAGAAGUCAGAGCCAGGUAUCUUAACGGCGAACAAGUGCGAGGUGUUGCAUAUGUGCUGUUUGGUAUUGACAUGAAUGGUCAGAAAAGGGGAAUCACUUCUUUGAAGCAACUGAACGACUUGAAUGGAGGAAAAGUUAGUUUAACUAUGGCGGAGAUGAAGAACGCCAGCAGCCUACUGGGAUAUUCUGUGUACGUCAAAGCAUCAGUAAUGACUGGCUCAGGUAGUGACCUUGUGGAAGCAGAGAAAUCCGGCAUUAAAAUAGUGAUGUCACCCUACGUGCUCUCCAUCAGGGACACACCCAAGUAUUUCAAACCAGGCCUUCCGCUAGGCAUAGUGGUUACAGUGAGUAACCAAGAUGGAUCUCCAGCCCCCAAUAUCCCUGUUAAACUCAACUUCCUUCAAAAACCAAUUCAAACACACAGAGGCACUAUCAGGGUCUCCAUCAACAUGCCUGAUGAAGACAAGAAUCAAAUGUUGAAGGUAGAAACAGCACUUCCUGGUUUGAAUGCAGCAAAUCAGGCUGUACAGGAGAUGACUCUGGAGCCAUAUUUAGGUUUUGACGGCUACAGUAAGAACUACCUGCACAUCUCAGUGGGCGACAAUCAAGUGGUGGUGGUGGGCAACAGUCUUAACAUCAAAUUGUACAUCAAAACAGCCUCGCCAGAACACAGAAAGCUUGUGAAGCAGCUGACAUAUGUUGUAAUGAACAAAGGGAAAAUAAUAACAGCUUCUAGGGUAGAUGUAUGCCAAACUGACACAAAUAUUCCAUUACUAGUUACCACAGAGAUGUUACCUUCAUUCAGGCUGGUGGCGUACUAUGUUUUGCCAUGGCGACUACAUGCAGGAGUGGUGGCAGACUCAGUGUUUGUGGAUGUGGAGAAUCAGUGUGUAGGCUCACUCAGUUUAGGACCAGUGGAUGGAGAAAAACUCAAUUCGUACUCACCAGGCAGAAGGUUUAAAUUUCAAGUGAAGGGUGACCCUGGAGCAAAGGUUAGCCUGGUGGCUGUGGAUAAUGCCAUCUUUCUGCUGAGUAAAAACCGCCUGACGCAGAGAAAGGUGUGGGAGGCCGUGGGUCAGGGAGACAUGGGCUGCACCGCAGGAGGAGGCCGGGAUAGUAUGGGUGUUUUCAGCGACGCGGGACUGGCGUUUUAUUCCAGCACACGACCAUCCACUUACUCUGGACCAGAUAAAAACAGAUCAACAAAAUUGGAACAAAGAGAGAAGUUGGAGGAGGGUUAUUCUGACGAGUCCCUGCGGAGGUGUUGUGUGGACGGCAUGAGGGAGAUUCCCAUGCACUAUUCAUGCUUGCAUCGCUCUCUCUACAUCACCGAGGACUGGUGCUGCAUGUUAGCUUUCCUCCGCUGCUGUGUGGAGUACCGAGGGGAGGAGCGUGAUGUCGUGACCGGGCUUCUAGAAGAAGAUCGAAUAAACAGUUGCCGUAUGGCUCGUCUGGCCUCAUUUGAAAGACAGGACAUGGAGGAGGAAGAUGAUUUAGCUGAUGUGCACACCAAGUUCUUUGAGUCAUGGCUGUGGACUGACAUCAGACUACCCGGUGUAGCCCAGUCAGAUGGGCUGGCUGUAUUUCCAGUGGAAACCGUUCUUCCUGACAGUAUCACUCAGUGGGGGAUUCUAGCCAUCAGUGCCUCACCUGAAGCAGGUUUCUGUGUAGCCGAACCGUAUAACGUGCGUGCAUGGAGGCCGUUCGUAUUAGACCUGCUCGUGCCUCACUCUGUGUCCAGAAAUGAACAUGUGCAAAUCAAAGCUGUGGUCCACAACUACAUGGAUGAAAACCUAAAGGUAAUGGUGAUCCUGAGUAAGACAGAGGGCAUGUGUAGUGUGGCAUUUAACAGACCCCAUAGACAGCAGGUCUCUGUGCCGGCCAGCUCCUCCAAGCUCAUCACAUACACCAUCAUCCCCCUUAAGACAGGAGAGCUCCCCCUACAGGUCACGGUCAUUGCACACUGUUCUAUUGAACUGGAUAGAGUGAGGAAGAAUCUACGUGUUGUAGUGACGGGCAUCCAGAGAAUUGAGUCAAGAAUCUUUGUGUUGGACCCCUCUGGGAAAAAUGACAAUGGUGAUCUUCGCAAUGGGAGUCAGGUGAUAAAAGUGAAGAAAACUGAGUUAAAGUCAGUGGUACCAAAUUCAAAGCCUGAGACAUUCAUCAAUGUCAGAGGUGAUUUGCUACUAGACUGCCUAAAUAAAUCCAUGUAUGAGGACUCACUGGCGUCUCUGAUCAAAAUGCCUGAUGGAUGUGUGGAGCAGAACCUGGCUGAAAUGGCGCUGCCCCUCAUCGCAGUCCAUUACCUAGACCGCAGUGCAAACUGGGACGCUCUGGGACUAAACCGCAGAGAUGAGGCCAUCACAUACAUACAAAAAGGUUAUGAAAAGCAGCUUAAUUAUCGAAAGAGGGAUGACUCGUAUCCUCCCUAUGAAAAAGAAGGCAGCAGCACAUGGAUCACUGCAUUCGUGCUGAAGGUGUUCUCCAUGGCACACUCGUUCAUCAGUGUCAGUGAGAGGCAUCUGUGCGGCCCACUGCAAUACCUGCUCUGGUACAAACAGCGUCCAGAUGGAUCCUUUCAGGAGGACAAUGAGGUCUACACCAUCACAAUGAAGGGAGGCCUGUGGGGCUUUGAAUCCAGUGAGACUCUGACGGCAUUCGUGCUCAUUGCUCUGGCAGAGACACCAAAUUCUGUGUGCUGCCAAGAGUCAGCAGCCAACAUAGAGAGCCGUUCCAGAAAAGCAGCGAUGUAUCUCCGAGGGCGUUUCCCUGACCUGAAGAGGCCGUACUCAGCGGCUAUAGUCUGCUACGCUUUAGCAUUAUCUAACCACAGCUGCACGAAGAGCAUGCUGUUAAACUUUGCCUCGCAGAAUCGUACCCAUUGGCCUGACUCUGACAAUCACUACUUUACACUGGAAGCUACCGGCUACGCAUUGUUAGCACUGAUCAAAGGAGGUCACAUGAAAGAGGCGAUGGCCCCAUUUCGAUGGUUAAAUGAGCAUCGUGAUUUUGGAGGAGGCUACGGCUCUACUCAGUCCACUGUAAUAGUGCUACAGGCCCUGUCUGAGUACCUAGUGAAGUGGCCUCCUCCUUCGAAUAUAUUAAAGGUGGAGCUCCGUGUGCCUGGUCGCAAAAGCAUUCAGUGGACCUUCCUACCAAAAAUGGCUCAUAAGCUUCAAACUGCUAAGGUACCUUUUGACAAGGAAUUGACAGUGGUGGCUACAGGGAAUGGCAAGGGAAUUCUGGAGGUAGUGAAGGUGUACCACCAACUUCCUGACUCCUGCAAGAACAGCCUGUGUAACAGUUUCCAGCUCAAUGUCUCUAUCGUUAAAACUGAAAAUCAUCGGCCAGAUGUAGAAAACUCAUACAAGCUUACUAUCAGAGUGAGGUCUCUUGAAGAAAGGGCAAACAUGGUGAUUCUGGAUAUUGGCUUGCCCACCAGCUUUGAGCCUGACAACUCAGACUUGGAGCAGCUCAUGAAUUCAGUGGAUCAAUACAUCAACAACUUCGAAGUGGUGGACAACUUGAGCGACAGAAGAUCCCUCAUAAUUCACCUGUUUAAGGUGUCCAGUACUGAGGCAGACGUGAUCUCGUUCAGACUGCAUCAGAAAUUUAAAGUGGGGUUUCUUCAGCCGUCCACUGUAACAGUUUACCAUUUCUACAACAAAGAUAAGCACUGCAGCAGGUUCUACUCUCCUCCUGAAGACCAGCAGCUCUGCAGAGGCAAUGUGUGCCACUGCUCACAGGGUGACUGCUGCGUGCAAAAACCACAGAAUAUGUCUUUUACGAAAGAGCGGGUUGCAUGCAAUGGAAGACAUUAUGCCUACAAGGUUAAACUGAUGAGUGUAAGGAAGUGUUACUACGAUCAGUAUGAGAUGAAGAUUGUUCAGAUUAUACAAAAUGGGUCAGAAGCUGAUUUGAAAAAAAAUGACAGGAGGAUGUUCCUCUCUCAUGCCAGCUGUAGGCCGGGGCUUGCUUUGAAAGAGGGUCAGGAAUACCUGAUCACUGGGCCGAUCACUGAUGUUUGGCACACAGAAAGCACAUCCAACAGGUACAUGUAUGUGCUGCAUAAGCACACGUGGGUUGAGCGCUGGCCGUCUGAGGCUGAAUGUAAGCGUAAAUCCGCUCUGAAGGUUAAAUGUGCUGAACUGAAGCGUUUCGCAGCAGGAGUGACAAACAGAGGCUGCCAGAGACGUCCCACAAAUGUUAUUCUGUAAACACUAAUGACAGAAGCACAGAUGUGCACAAAUUUGUUUCAAUACAUCGCAGCUUAAAAACAAGCACAAGAUCAUCUGCAUGCAGUAGAUAGUCAUUUAAUGCAAAAACAAACCUCAGUAUUCUUUGAGGUCAUAUUACACUGUAUAUCAUUUAAUAAAAGUAUUACAAUACUG